GCAUGGUUCGUUUGGUCGGCCAACGUGGCGCCAGUACCAAUUGAGCGCCCGUGCCGUGAUGGGUGGCUUUUUUUUGUCUUCAUUUUACAUCCCCGCAUUCUGCCACACCAACAGGCAAUUGAACUGAAAGCCCUGGAGCAUUGAUCCCAUCUGGUCUGGAUGCUCAAGACGGGCCACCCCAGCACUCGCUUCAGUGUUCCAGUGCUCCAGUGCUCCGCAAACAUCGUCGACCCCCGUUUCUGCACACUGCCCCGUCAACCCGAGAAAGGGCAAAACGGCUGCUGACGGAGUGGAGCCAGACGCGCACGCGGAAAAUCUUGCAAGACGUCAUUUGCGCUGAAUCGCUCGCCCAAAACACACGCGACAGCGCUCGCAAACACCAGACACGGACACGGACAGCUGGCGGGAGUUGAGCUUCGGUCGGAGCCUCCUCGUUGACCACCAGUCAAGUCGCCCACCAAUUCGUCCAGCCUUUGCUGCCCGCGCCGUUGCCAACUCUAAACCGACCGCACUAGCUCCCCUUCUCCGUCGCUGCCCCAUGAGCCGUCGUCGAAUUUACUUUUGCCCUCUCCCUCCCCUGAAACGCAGCGUCGCCGGCCCGCCGCUGCUCUCCCAAGCUUUUGCUGCCAGGUGACGAAGCACGCCCGCCUGGGAGAUCCCUGCACUACCGGCAAACCACCCAACAGCUCGCUGGACAAGGCGACCAUGGCCGACGCCUCCUCAGAGACCUCGCCGCUGCUGCCGGCCGUGUCGGCAGGCAGCUCGCCCGUGUCGCCACGCCCCAACGCGAGGCGCACCGUGACCUUCAACCCCAACCCGGUGACGAGGACUAUCGAGCCCGACCCACCCGCCGUCCGCCGUCGCGUCUCCCACGACGUGUCGCACCACUCUCGCCCUCACUCGCUGGGCGGCUCGGCCCCCUCCACCCCGGCCAGCACCAUGAGCGUCGGCAGCCUGGCCGCUGGCCCGCCCAUGUUCGCCACAAUAAACAACAAGCUCCGCCGACGCAACUCCCAUGGCGCUAUUGGCGCCACCUACCACGGCGGAGCUGCCAACACCAAUGGCCACAACCUGCUGCCUGCCCCUGGUGGCCUCGGCCUGCACCCGGGCGCUAUCAAGGUCGGUCCGCAGCGGAGCACCAAGAAGGCCCAGAAGCUCAAGCUGUUGCCGACCCCCGAGCAGAUGCUCGGCGAGGAGCUUUCCCCCGACGAGGAGAGCGGCCGCGAAGUCUACAGCCAAUACACGCGCAUCAAAGACCCCACCGCGCGUAGGGACGCCGCCCGCCUCGGCAAGGCCGACCGCGACCGCCUGCCCCGCGUCACGGCCUACUGCACCGCGAACCGCUACCAGAUGGAGGGCCUCAUGCGCUUUCUCAAAGGCGGCCGUGGCAGGGCAAAGGGGGCGAACCCCAAGCUGAUCGAUGAGUGUAUAUACACCCCGUACCAGUACAAGGACCUCCCGCUUCCCGAACGCGGCGCCAGGACCACCGUCAGCAAGGCUUCUUCCACUGCCGUUGGUAAAGACGACGGUAGCAAUCCCGAGGGUGCGCAAGGAGCGGGGGAGAGGGGGUCGCCGCCAUUGAGACGCCACUCGACGGGCGAGGUGGAUGCUACAAUUCCCAGAUUUAGCCACGGAGACCUUAUAGACUUGGAACCGGAGCCGCUGCCAGAAGUGGAGCCUGAGACCCCCGAUCUGGGGAGACCUAGGAGCCGCGAGGGCCAGAGCCACGGCGAAGACCACGAGCACAACAACGGUUUCCACCCGGAGAGCACGAGCCAUACGCACGGCGACAUGAUCGGCGGCCCCGCCGCAACCGUCGUUGGCGACGAUCGCGCGCUGACGGAGAGGCCGGCCGAUCUGGACAUCGAGGUGCACACGCCCGAGGUCUUCCUUUUCGACUACGGCGUCGUGGUCAUAUGGGGCAUGUCGAUCGCGCAGGAGCAGCGGUUCCUUAAGGAAAUUGCCAAGUUCGAGACGGAGAAGCUGGCGCUCGAGGACGUCGAGACCGAGUACUUCAACUUCUACUACACGCGCGAGUAUCAGCCCAGGAUAUACAACGACUUUAUCACGUUGCGCGACAAGAAGAAUUACAUGACCAAGCUGGCCAUUUCGCAUGCGCUGGCCCAGAGUGUCAAGACGUCCCUGUUCGAAGAGCUUAUCGCAUCCACCAUCGACACGUGCAAGGAUAUCCCGACGCAGAUUGCGCUCACAGGCAAGAUCAACCUCAGCCGGACGCGUAUCAACAUGCAGAUCGGGGAGCUCUUCAUCCUGCGCAUCAACAUCCACCUCAAUGGCUCCGUGCUUGACACGCCCGAGAUCUUCUGGGUAGAGCCACAGCUCGAGCCGCUCUAUCAGGCCGUGCGCACGUAUCUGGAGAUGGACCAGCGUGUUGGCUUGCUGACGGAGCGCCUAGACGUCAUUGCCGACCUCCUCGCGGUUCUCAAGGAUCAGCUCAGUCACGGUCACGGCGAGAAGCUCGAGUGGAUUGUCAUCGUCCUCAUCGCCGCCGAGAUCCUGGUGGCCUUGAUUAAUAUCGUUGUAGACUUGUACGCAGGCGUUGACUGAUAACAGUCGUACAUCUUCUCGAUUUAUCCCAUGUUAUUAUAUCAUAUAUCUUGUACUUUUUGCCAGCAUUCCCUUUGUCUUGUUGCUUCUGCGCCCCCACAAUUAAGUUGCUUCUUAGGGGCGACUUCAUCCUCAUAAUGCAUUUGACGUCGCGGGCGGUUUUUUGUUUCCUUUUCUUUGCUUGGUGUGCGUCCGAUUGGCGCCCGAGGAGUUGCGGAACCAUCUAAAGCGGUUUCUCUUUUUGAUUUUUGCUCGCUCUGCAUUCGAGGUCUAGGGCCAAAAAGAAGAUAACGAGGAGAGGUCUAGGCGGCGCGACGGGUUGUCACGCCUUGACAGCCAGCACGGGUUGAGGUGUAGGAUUAGUUUAGUCGAAGACAGGUGUAUAAUCGCACAUUCCCCAAGCACACGCUCCCGCGAGGACAGGAAAGAGACAACAGUAACGACAACAUGGAAAGAAGUUAGGGUUGGAAUAGCAUAGGGAAACGACUAGGACAGGCUGCCAUUCUUGGAACCACAUUCCCGCCAUAUGUAACCGCC